AUUAGGGUUUAAUUCGAACUGAUUCAGCGCACACUGUAAUCAAAUACCUAACCCUAGAGGCUCGAAAAAUUUUCCCGAAUCUUCUGUAUUUGUGAGUUCAUCAAUCAGCAAUUGAAAAUGUCGAAGAAGAACAACCUCGCUAAGAGAAAGAAGCAGUACGAAUUCGAUCUCCAAAGAGAGAAGCAGGAGAAGCUGAAGAAAGAACAGAAGCUCAACGCAAAGAAAAACAAGAUGAAAGUUGAUGGUGGCAAGAAGAAGGGUGGAAGUGGAUUUCAAGUGGGGAAGAGAAAGCUGAAGACCAAGUUGACAGCAGUAGCUAAAGCUAAAGCUACACAGGCGAUGGAGCUUGAUAAAUGAGGUUUGACUUCAUUUUUGUGAUUUUAGGUGAUGUAUUUAACCUUGAUGGAUCACAGAGUUGUUGACGUUCGAUAAUCCUUUCUUUUUUUCUGCUUUCCACAUAAGGUUGUGACUUGCAAGCUCUGUAUAUUAGGCAGACUGAUUUCAUUGUAAUAGUUGUCUCUCUUCUACAAUUUUGUCUCUAAUCACCAUCUAUGAACUUUAUAAUACAGUCUAAGAAUUUCCAUUUACAUAUUAAUAUUCAUUGAUAACAAA